AUGGAGUCAGAUAUUGGAGCUUUCGCCUUAAGCCUGGACGAAGUCGGCCUCGCAUUUGCUACACGGAAUUCGACAGCUCAAUCGAAAGCACAAGUAUCGACGAGAGUGUCAACAUGGCCAGGACCCUUCCGUCUCUUCGACCUCCCAUCUGAACUUCGUCUUCGCAUCUACGAGAUGGCGCUAGCACCAAAAGGAGUCCUACACCUCACCUCAACAAACAUUGGACGAAAAGCAGUAGUCCCAGCCAUCACUCCAGCUCUCCUCGCCACGAACCACAGGAUCUACCACGAAGCACAGAGUAUCCUGCUCGAUCAGAAUGAAGUCAUGCUCACGGUCAACGCUCACGAUACUUGCUGGCCUACGAUCUCGGAAACUAGAUUACCACAACCGGUACUGGAACGAUUACGGCAUUUCUGCGUGAUAUUGGAUUGUACGGACUACUUCAACGCUAGCUAUGCGGACGUCGACUUUGAUGCUUUCUCUGCUUUGACAAGCCUCAAGACCUUCAGAUUGACGAGCAUAUACCGCCGUAAUCAGCCGAGUCAGGUCCUCGCACCACUGCAUAUCCCCCGGCUGAAGGACUUCAAUGUGGUAGCGCAGAUCCUGGAACGGAUCCCAGCUAGCACGAUUUUGUACUUCGCUACUGAGCAGGAUAGUCAGCAGAACCAAGUUGUACAGGCGCUGAUCGAGACGCGGAGUGCCGGUGACGGCAAGGCAGCAGAGGAAGCACCGGCUGUUGACCUUGAGGCUGCUGCCAUGGGUGUCCCGGGUUUGGUCAGGGGGUGCAAGAGUGCGAGGGGCGUGGAUGUCUUCGCUUGGAGUCGGGCGGUCAAGGAGGGUCAUGGGAGCCAGGGUUUGGGGAGGGAGAGGUUCGUGGUGUGA